AACAAGAGAUCGAUACAUUAAGACAUGAGCUUCAACUUCUUGAAGACCAACUAAAGAUGUUUGAACCUGAUCCUCUAUCGUUCACAUCCAAGGAUGAAAUAAAUUCUUGUGAAAAGAAUUUGUUGGACACAUUGUCAAGAAUCACCCAAAGGAAGCAAUAUUUGGAUCCAAAUGAGGGAAUACCAACAUCCUUUGAGACCAAUGUUGCUAAUCGGUUGCCUCAAAAUGACCAAAAUUCAUCUCAAGUUUGUGUUGCAUCUCAUCACUCAUCUUCCAUUCCUCGAAGAAGCACAAUUUAUGAUAAGGAAGCAUCAAACAUUAAUGUUGGGUCAUGCAACAUUGUAAGACCCAAUAAUGUUGAUGAUGCAUGGCGUCAUCACAACUACACCACAACUGAUCAACUUCUCUCUUCCUUCACCCCACAAACUUCAUUUCAUACUUCGGAUUCAGAGGAGCUUCAACAAGAGGUGGAUACAUUAACACAUGAGCUUCAACUUGCUGAAGAGCAACUAAGGUUAUUUGAGCCCCAUCAUCUAUCAUUCACAUUAGAGGAUGAAAUAGAUUCUUGUGAGAAGAACCUGUUGGACACAUUGUCAAGAAUCACCCAGAUGAAGAAAGAUUUAUUAAGUGACCACUUAUCUCUAGCUUAUGAUCAUCUCAGUCUCAAUGACAUUCAGGAUGAGAUUGAAGAGGGUUGUAUGAAUACAACGACGUUGCAACAACAAGUUGAUAGCAUUUCAAAUGUGAAUCCUCAAAAGCCUCCAAGUACUGAUGGAAGUGCCAAUUACGAUGAUGACAAUUUGCCUCAAUUCAAUCUCGAUUAAUUUUUUUAUGUUUUGUUUGUGUAAAUUGAGGAAGUUUAAGACUUGAAUGAAGAACUUAAAUCGGAACUUAACCUCUCUAUUCCCAUUGAAGUUUGUUGCAGCAGGCUC